AUGAAGACGCCACGGUUCGGACUGUUCUUAACAGACUUCCGAGAACAGGUCACCUUUGAACGCAGCCAGACACUUGCGUCUUCGAAAGCACGGAAAGCCUUUACAAUACCAAAGGGCGACUACGAGUUUCUGUUCGACAUUCCAGUGUUAGAUGCCCGUUACGAUACUCACUUACCGGCCCGAAGCACGAGUACCAUGCCUAUCGAGUGGAGGUCACGGUUGAGCGCUGGAUGUGGCCAGACUUGGUUAUAUCUCGGCCGCUUAGGGUGCACAAAUAUCCCCACCCGCAGGUCAAUGGCCGUAACAAACAUCUUCAACCAAGACACCGGAUACUACUUUUCAAUCCCAGACGCUCUUGUUCCUUAUGGCUCUACUUUUCCAGUGGAAUGCUGGUUCACUGCAGAAGAAACUGCGGUAUCCGCUGUCACAGCGAGCGUGCUAGAAAAACACGACCUCUGCUUUCCUGCAACGGCUGCAGAAGCUGCGCGGUUCGACACAAACUUUAUAACGUCGAAUAUAACUCACGUUGUUUACAAGGAGCGGCAUGAGUGUACGCGGCCGAGAAAGCCAGGUCUGCAGCAGAUCAGCGUACCAGUUUCCCUACUGGUAGAGGAAGGCGCCUGCACGCAGAGCUUUUCAUCGAAAAACAUCAUAAUCACGCACGUGCUUGUUAUCGAAGCAGAAUGCACGAAGGAAGAUGAGGAGAUGGUCAACAUGAUCACGGAGAAUAUUCCACUUCAUAUCUAUAUGAAGCCUGACGAUGACCGAGACAAUGUUCCUUACGAUCUCCGAGCGCCCACAGACUCUGAAAAGGGAGAUAGCUUUCCUCCAACGUAUGGAGUGCAUCAACUCGAUCGGUUACUUACAGUGGUGGGCGAUGUGCGAGAAGAUGAGAUAGAGCCAAGUAGGGACAACCCUCCACCAAACGUUUUAGAUACAGUGAGAAAGAAUUAA